CAUCCGUGGCUCAAGGAAUGCCACGCUCAGGACCCUGCAUGCUCUGGGGCUUCCCAGCUUUUUCCUUGAGCUGCUGAGCUGGGAGGGGCCGAGCCGGCAGCUCCCCAUAAACCUGGCGGCUUAGACCACGUCCCGGGCAGAUGUUGGGACUCUGCCUUGGAGCGGAGGUUGGGAAAAGGAGAGGGCGGCUCUUGCCCGGAGAGUGAGGAGGAGAACUCGGCACCCCUGGGCUUGAACUUUAGCACCCUCUUCCGCAGGAGUUUAAAGAAAAGGAUCAUCGUAUCCCGAGUGAGCUGUCCGGAUAGCCGGGCAGGAGCAGGGCUGGAGAGAGGGAAAGCCAGCGGCUUUCUCUGACAAGGAUUUUAUGGAGCUCUUCAUAAAGAAAUAACAGCAGGGAGAAAACCCCAGGAAGCCAGGAAGUGUUUCCAGCGCUCGGGACGCUGGUGAGCAGCUCCGGGCCGCCGCCAGUCCCUGCGAGGAGCCCGUCCUGCCGUGCAGAUGUGUUUGAUUGGAGCAGCGCGGGGGUUAUUUUCUUUUGACUGAAGGCAACCCAGCCCCGGCGGAUUAAGCUCUUUGUGUGCACGCGAGUGUGCCUUUAUGGAAGCUGCUCCCGCAAAACCAGCCGUGGGGGUUGCCGGGACCAUCCCCUAGGUCGGGGGGCUCUUCUGGAGGAGGGGGGGACCUCCUGUUUCCGUGACUCUGAGGCGAUGCUGGGACAGUAACUCCCUUGGCAGGCAGCACAGUGUGCUCCGGGAUGGCCGUCUAUGCCCUCACGGGCUUCUCGCUCGUCAGCCUGCUCAGCUUUGGCUACUUAUCCUGGGACUGGAUGAAGCCCAGUUUGGUGGCUGAUGUGGCCACGGACCCCAUGGAGAAAUCUCUGCCUCCUGCCUUUGCCAGGCCACCCCACAUCAUCUUCAUCCUGACUGAUGACCAGGGCUACCACGAUGUCGGGUAUCACGGCUCGGAUAUCCAGACGCCGACGCUGGACAGGCUGGCAGCGGAGGGCGUGAAGCUGGAGAACUACUACAUCCAGCCCAUCUGCACCCCGUCCCGGAGCCAGCUGAUAACCGGCAGGUACCAGAUCCACACAGGGCUGCAGCACUCCAUCAUCCGCCCUCGGCAGCCCAACUGCCUGCCCCUCGACCAGGUCACCCUGCCACAGAAGCUGCAGGAAGCGGGCUACUCCACACACAUGGUGGGCAAGUGGCACCUUGGCUUCUACAAGAAGGAGUGCCUGCCCACCCGCCGGGGCUUCGACACCUUCCUGGGGUCCCUGACAGGCAACGUGGACUAUUACACCUACGACAACUGCGACGGGCCGGGCGUCUGCGGCUACGACCUGCACGAAGGGGAGGAUGUGGCUUGGGACCAAAGCGGGAAGUACUCCACCUUCCUCUAUGCCCAGCGUGUCAGCAAGAUCCUGGCAUCCCACAGCCCUAAGGAGCCCAUCUUCAUCUACGUGGCCUUCCAGGCGGUCCACACACCCCUACAGUCGCCCAAGGAGUACAUCUACCGCUACCGCUCCAUGGGCAACGUCGCUCGCCGCAAGUACGCUGCCAUGGUGACCUGCAUGGACGAGGCGGUGAAGAACAUCACCUGGGCCCUCAAGAAGUAUGGUUAUUACGACAACAGCGUGAUCGUGUUCUCCACUGACAAUGGCGGGCAGACCUUCUCCGGGGGAAGCAACUGGCCGCUACGGGGCCGCAAAGGGACAUACUGGGAAGGGGGAGUCCGUGGCAUCGGGUUUGUCCACAGUCCCCUGAUCAAGCGCAAGCGUCGGACAAGCUGGGCACUGGUUCACAUCACAGACUGGUACCCGACUCUGGUCAGCCUGGCCAGGGGCAACCUGAGCAAUGUGCCAGGCUUGGAUGGCUAUGAUGUUUGGCCUGCCAUCAGUGAGGGCAAGGAGUCACCACGUACUGAAAUCCUGCACAACAUCGACCCCUUGUACAACCAUGCCAAGUAUGGCUCCUUGGAGGAUGGCUUUGGCAUCUGGAACACAGCUGUGCAAGCCUCCAUCCGGGUUGGGGAGUGGAAGCUCCUCACUGGUGACCCGGGGUACAGUGACUGGAUCCCCCCGCAGACCCUGACCAACUUCCCAGGGAGCUGGUGGAACCUGGAGCGUCUCACUGAUGGCCUGAGGAAGUCCGUGUGGCUCUUCAACAUCACUGCUGACCCCUACGAGCGCUACGACCUCUCAGAGCAGCGCCCAGAUGUGGUCAGGACCCUCCUGACGAGGUUGGUGCAGUACAACCGGACAGCCAUCCCGGUGCGGUACCCUGCAGAGAACCCCCGGGCCCACCCGGACUUCAAUGGUGGUGCCUGGGGACCUUGGGCCAGCGAGGAUGACGGGGAGGAGUGGGAAGGCAGCCAGGAGCCCCUGAAGAGUAGGAACAAGAAGAAGAAGUGCAAGAUCUGCAAGCUGCGCUCUUUCUUCCGCAAGCUGAACACCAGGCUCAUGUCCAACCGCAUCUGAUGGGAGACUCCCCCAGCAUCGACCCAUCCUGGCCAGGGUGGAACUCUGGACUGCACUGCCAUGGGGUGGGAGUGAGGGAGAAGAACAUGUGGGGAGGUGGCCAGUGCUCUCUUGCUCUCCCUUGCUCCAGGAUUCAUCGCAAAGCACUUCUCUCUGGCUGGAGGGGUGGCUGCAGGGAGGUGGUCUCGGUAGGCAAGGAAGGGUGAUGUGAUCUCUGCCCUGGAGCUUGGUGGUGGUGUAUGACUGUGCUGAGCUGGGCUGGCCCAUGCACACCCCCUUCCAAAGAGAGAGACCCUUUCCUCAAGGACUCCACAGCCUUUAAGCUUUAAGUGUUGGCCAUUGCAAGAGCAGGAGGAAGCAUGGGAAGCCCUGCCUGCAGGUUGAUCCUUGCCAUUUCCCUGUAUUUACAUGCUCCUGGCUUUCAGCCUUCUGCCAGGCAGCUGCUGCCUUUGCUCUUGCUCUGGGAACUCGAGGGCCUCCCCCAAACCCAAGACCAUAGCACUUCCCUAUUACACUUCUUUGUAGAAGGAUGGAUUCCUGACCAUGGAUAUCAGACCUGAGACUGAUGUGGCUGGACUCAGUCAUGCUGCUACAGGGACCUCACCUGGGGCUAUGGUUUCCCCUCUCCACUGGCUUUGGGGGCCGGGACCAGCCCCGGUGAGGAGCUGUGGCCCAUGGAAACAUAGUUGGAUACACUCAGAGCUCUCUGUGGCCCCACAUCUGGGAGGCAGGUUUGCCCCUGGCUCUGAUGAGCUCCACACUGGUCACCCAGCAGACCCUUUCACCCAUAAUUUGUCCAGACCCCCAUGUGCACGGCACCCAUCUUCCUCUCCAUGCCUCCUACGCAUCCAACCGGCAAACCGUCCCGACUGCCCCUUCCCAGUGCUGGUGCUGUCCCUGUCUCCACAUCCCACUGCUGAACCUGGGGCAGAAGGAAGUUCUCAAGGAGGUCUCUGCAGAGGCUGCUCUGUGCAGUAGCUGCAGUAGCUGCUCUGUGGCUGCAGGACCUUGAAGCCGCGGUGGAGGACAGGGGCGAUGGGGACGUCUCCUGCCUGCCAGCACUGCACCACAUCCCCUCGCCACAGAUGGGCACCGCUCUUCCAGCAGCGCACGCGUGGGGAGGAAAACACCUUCCCAUCAUCCGCUGCCGUGGGGAACCCAUCCGACUGCCAGGGGCCAGGCAGCUCCAGACCCAGCGCUGGGCCCCCGCGCCUUCGGCGGGGUGCGAGCGCGCGUACGUACGUGCGCUCACAGGAGAGCUGGCGAGGAUGAAAGGGGGCAAAUCGCUUCAAAAGCGUUUUGGAUGCAUGGUGCAUUUCCAUUUACACAAUGUGUUUUACAUUUCUCCCCACAGGUUUCUCUUGGUGCAGCGUGUGUAGGCGAAGGCCCUGCUGUGAAUUUUGAAAAUAGUUAUUUUUGUCUCUGGAAAAUGAGGCCCGUUAGGACUUGUCAGCUCUUGGAUGAGCAGUGUGGGCUUUCUUUUUUUUUUUUUUCUUUUCCCCCCCCUCUCUCUCUCUUGCAAAAUAACAUUCAUUUAAAAUCUGUCAUUGAAAGAUGUGACAAUUGGCAGCGUGAACGCUGAAUACCUUUCAGUGCGCUUUCAAGCCCUGUGUGUGAGAGAGGGAUGAGGAUGGGAAGAGAAUGCAAUGACACGUUUGUAUUUUUUUUUUUUCUUACUCUUAGCUGGAUUAUUUGGGGGAAUUGGGAUUUUCUACAGAAACAAAGAAAAAAACCCCCAGCUGACAGCAAGGCAGAAGAGAGGAGGCCUCUUCUUGUAGAGCUGGGAAGGAGUUUGAAAAGCCAAAGUGUGGUGGUGUGUGUGGCAGUCCCUGCUGCUCCACGUACAUCCAUCACCGUGCCGUCCCGUCGGCACAUCCCAAGAACAGGUUUCAGAGGGGGACUCAGCUCCUCCAUCAGCCCCAUCUCCAUCCCUGCUUCCUUAGCAUGUUGCUCCAAGGGGAUUGGUCCCCAUGGCAUCAUCUGGGCAGAGGUGAGCCCUGGGAGGAUGCUCCACAUCCUCAAACUACCUCAAGUGGCCAGCCUGGUCCCUCGGGAUGCGCACUACCAGCGUAUCCACCGACAGUGGGGCUGUGGCACUGGCUGCCAUUUGGCAGAGCCAACCAGUUGCUGAAAAUAAAGCAACAAUUUGCUGAAGAAGAGGAGGCUGCUGCAGAGCUGGAGCCAGAGGAGGGCAGGAGGUGAUGCUGCAGGGGGCUCAGGAAUAAAUCAUGGCAAAGGGGGAGCUGGUGCUGAAGGGAGCAAGAGAGCAGGGCUGGACGUGGGGUGGCGACAAGGCUCGGGAAACGGCUUUCAUUUCCAUAUUUAUAUAAAUGCAUCCAAGUUUA